UCGGCUCCCGGGCGGGCGGGCGGCGCGGGCCCUCCCACUCUCCGCCGCGCCGCCGCACGGCCCCGGCCCUCGCUUCACCCCGACGCCCCGGCGUGCGCUUCCUCCCGCCGGCCUGCAGGCCCGGGGCCUCCGCCUGCCGUCCCGCCGCUGCUCCCCGCGGCCCCGGCUCGCGUUCACGCUGUCGCCCGGGCCGGCGCGGCCGCGGGCCACCGCUCCCCCGCCCGCACCUACCCCGCCCCCUCCCCGCCUUUUCCGCCCUCCAGUCCCCCUCCCUCGGCCCGCCGCCGCUGCUCCAGAUGAGGUGAUGGCAACGGCCAACUUCGGCAAGAUCCAGAUCGGCAUUUACGUGGAGAUCAAGCGGAGCGAUGUUUCAGAUCCACCUUCUCGAUAUUACCACAUGGAUUUCCUGCUGGCCGAAUACAUCAAGCAAUGGUAACAUCUUUAAAUGAAGAUAAUGAAAGUGUAACUGUUGAAUGGAUAGAAAAUGGAGAUACAAAAGGCAAAGAGAUUGACCUGGAGAGCAUCUUUUCACUUAACCCUGACCUUGUACCAGAUGAAGAAAUUGAGCCCAGUCCAGAGACACCCCCACCUCCAACAUCCUCAGCCAAAAUAAACAAAAUUGUAAAGAAUCGACGGACUGUGGCUUCCAUUAAGAAUGACCCUCCUCCUAGAGACAAUAGAGUGGUUGGUUCUGCACGUGCACGGCCUAGUCAACUUCCUGAACAGUCUUCUUCUGCACAACAGAAUGGUAGUGUUUCAGAUAUAUCUCCAGUUCAAGCUGCAAAAAAGGAAUUUGGACCCCCUUCACGUAGAAAAUCUAAUUGUGUGAAAGAAGUAGAGAAAUUGCAAGAAAAACGAGAAAAAAGGAGACUACAACAGCAAGAACUUAGAGAAAAAAGAGCACAGGAUGUUGAUGCUACAAACCCAAAUUAUGAAAUUAUGUGUAUGAUCAGAGACUUUAGAGGAAGUUUGGAUUAUAGACCAUUAACAACAGCAGAUCCUAUUGAUGAACAUAGGAUAUGUGUUUGUGUAAGAAAACGACCACUCAAUAAAAAAGAAACUCAAAUGAAAGACCUUGAUGUAAUCACAAUCCCUAGUAAAGAUGUUGUGAUGGUACAUGAGCCAAAACAAAAAGUAGAUUUAACACGGUACCUAGAAAACCAAACGUUUCGUUUUGAUUAUGCCUUUGAUGACUCAGCUCCUAAUGAAAUGGUUUACAGGUUUACAGCUAGACCACUAGUAGAAACUAUAUUUGAAAGGGGAAUGGCUACAUGCUUUGCUUAUGGGCAGACUGGAAGUGGAAAGACUCAUACCAUGGGAGGUGACUUUUCAGGAAAGAACCAAGAUUGUUCUAAAGGAAUUUAUGCAUUAGCAGCUCGAGAUGUGUUUUUAAUGCUAAAGAAGCCAAACUAUAAGAAGUUAGAACUUCAAGUGUAUGCAACCUUUUUUGAAAUUUAUAGUGGUAAGGUGUUUGACUUGCUAAAUAGGAAAACAAAAUUAAGAGUGCUGGAAGAUGGAAAACAGCAGGUUCAAGUCGUGGGAUUACAGGAACGGGAGGUCAAAUGUGUUGAAGAUGUACUGAAGCUCAUUGACAUAGGCAACAGUUGCAGAACAUCCGGUCAAACAUCUGCAAAUGCACAUUCAUCUCGGAGCCAUGCAGUGUUUCAGAUUAUUCUUAGAAGGAAAGGAAAACUACAUGGCAAAUUUUCUCUCAUCGAUUUGGCUGGAAAUGAAAGAGGAGCUGAUACUUCCAGUGCAGACAGGCAAACUAGGCUUGAAGGUGCUGAAAUUAAUAAAAGCCUUUUAGCACUCAAGGAGUGCAUCAGAGCCUUAGGUAGAAAUAAACCUCAUACUCCUUUCCGAGCAAGUAAACUCACUCAGGUGUUAAGAGAUUCAUUCAUAGGUGAAAACUCUCGUACCUGCAUGAUUGCCACAAUCUCUCCAGGAAUGGCAUCCUGUGAAAAUACUCUCAAUACAUUAAGAUAUGCAAAUAGGGUGAAAGAAUUGACUGUGGAUCCAACUGCUGCUGGUGAUGUCCGUCCAAUAAUGCACCAUCCACCAAAUCAGAUUGAUGACUUAGAGGCACAGUGGGGUGUGGGAAGUUCCCCUCAGAGGGAUGAUCUAAAACUUCUUUGUGAACAAAAUGAAGAAGAGGUUUCUCCACAAUUGUUUACUUUCCACGAAGCUGUGUCACAAAUGGUAGAAAUGGAAGAACAAGUUGUAGAAGAUCACAGGGCAGUAUUCCAGGAAUCUAUUCGAUGGUUAGAAGAUGAGAAGGCUCUCCUAGAGAUGACUGAAGAAGUAGACUAUGAUGUAGAUUCAUAUGCUACGCAACUUGAAGCUAUUCUUGAGCAAAAAAUAGACAUUUUAACUGAGCUGCGGGAUAAAGUGAAAUCUUUUCGCGCAGCUCUACAAGAGGAAGAGCAGGCCAGCAAGCAGAUCAACCCGAAGAGACCCCGUGCCCUUUAAAUCAGCAUUUGCUGCUAAAGGAUCCCCAGAACCCUUGCUACUGUAACAUGUAAUGGUUCAGCUGUAAGGGCCCUUUGGAAGUUUGAAAUUUUAA